UUCAUAAAGAACUGGGACACUGGCACUGUUAAAGAAUCAGUCACGUCUCAUCUUGUCUCAAAAAGCCUCUUCGGUCUGAGUGCUUCAGUCUGGUCUGACUUGACAUUUAGGAUGACCCAUCAGUUUCCUCCUCUCACCACUGAGCAAAAGAAGGAGCUACAUGAGAUAGCUCUACGGAUAGUGUCACCAGGGAAAGGCAUCCUAGCUGCCGACGAGUCCAUAGGCAGCUUGGGGAAGCGUCUGAACCAGAUAGGAGUAGAGAACAACGAGGAGAACCGCCGUCUUUACCGACAGGUGCUCUUCACCGCCGAUGACCGCAUUGAUAACUGCAUCGGCGGAGUGAUCUUCUUCCACGAAACACUCUACCAGAACUCUGAUGAUGGCGUCCCAUUCGUCAAGAUGAUAAAGGACAAGGGUAUCACUAUCGGAAUAAAGGUCGACAAAGGUGUAGUACCCAUGCCAGGGACUAAUGGAGAAACCACUACACAAGGUCUGGAUGGGCUCUCAGAACGCUGCGCUCAGUAUAAAAAGGAUGGAGCCGACUUUGCGAAGUGGCGCUGUGUGAUGAAAAUCAGUGAUACCACCCCGUCAAACCUGUGCAUUAAAGAAAAUGCUAAAGUCCUUGCUCGCUAUGCUAGUAUUUGUCAGCAGCAUGGGAUUGUACCCAUAGUGGAACCUGAGAUCCUACCUGAUGGAGACCAUAACUUGAAACGUUGCCAGUUUGUUACAGAGAGGGUACUUGCAGAAGUCUACAAAGCCAUGUUUGAUCAUCACGUGUAUCUGGAAGGCACACUUCUCAAGCCCAACAUGGUGACCCCUGGACACGGCUGCCCAACCAAAUACAGUGCAGAGGAGGUUGCCAUGGCAACAGUCACUGCUCUGCGGCGUUCUGUCCCGCCCGCGGUGACAGGGGUGACCUUUCUCUCGGGAGGUCAAAGUGAGGAGGAGGCCUCCAUUAACCUAAAUGCCAUCAAUAACUGUCCACUGGUGAAACCCUGGGCUCUCACCUUCUCAUUCGGCCGAGCUCUUCAGGCCUCCGCUCUGAAGACCUGGCGUGGACAGAGAGAGAAUGAAGCUGCCGCAACCGAGGAAUUCAUCAAACGUGCAGAGAUCAACAGUCUGGCCUGUCAAGGGAAGUACACGGUUUGUGGUGACAGCAGCGGAGCCACUGGUCUUUCCCAUUACCUUUCCAGCUACGCAUAUUGAAAUGCCGCUGAUUCCCAUAAUCCAGCAUUAGCUGAAAGCUAGCAGACUUUACUGUCACUUCCAUAUAAAACACUGAAACAUAGGUAGAUUAUUUACUCCUAAAUGUGAUGUUGAUAUACAGUAAAAAAGCAAAUGAAAGUUAUUGCUAAGUAACCCGUCUGCAAGAUGUCUGUUAAAGAUCGCUUAAGCAUCUGCUGUGUACAAACAUCUGAUAGACACCUGAUAGGAAACGUCCUAUAGACGUAUUGCAGAUGAGCGAACACUCAAAAAAAUACAAAUCAAAUCAACAAAAUAGAUCUCCCUGUGAUGUACGUUUGCUAAGUUUCUGGGAAUGUGAAAUUUUGUGGUAUCCUCUGCAUGUCUUCAAAACAUUGUAAAGUUAUAGCUGUUGUUACCAAGAUAGUUCUUUAGGAAAGUAAUGGAACCGACGAGAUUAUUACUGCAUUUGAUUGAUCCUUAUCACUCACUGUCAACAUUUAAGAGUUUCUUAGGAUAGAUAUAAAGAUCUUCUGUAAUAUAUUCUCUCAUCAUCUAAAGCUUUAAUAAAGCCUUUGUUCUGAUGAAGAAUAACCACUUGGAUUACAUGUUUAUGAGUAUCUGGUAGAUCUGUAUGUUUGGCUUGAAUGCAUUAUCGACAAAACAUAAGUGAAACUAAAUAACUUACAACCUGAAUACAAACUGAAAAUGCUGCAAUAAAGUUGUGAUGAUAGAA